AUGCGAGAGGACAGCCCCGGCAGCGAGUCGCAGGCCCGCCAGUCAGAGCGCACCUGUGGCGUGUCGCCGGGCGGCCCUGGCGCCAGCCCAUCCAUUGUCGUAGCUGUGCGGAAGCGACCCCGCAUCCCGGGCCGCGAGGAUGACGAGAAUGACGUGGUGCGCUGCGGUGAGAAUGGUGGCCCUUCCGUCACAGUGUACGAGCCGCGUACGAAGCUCGACCUCACACCCAUCAUUGAGCCUAGCAGCUUUAGCUACGAUCACGUCUUUGGUGAAGCGUGCACUAACGAGGAGGUCUACCGCGGCUGCUGUCAACCCCUCCUCCAGAAUGUGCGGGAAGGCGGCGGCGCUGUCAUCUUUGCCUUUGGGCAGACGGGCAGCGGCAAGACUCACACGAUGCUCGGCACAGGAGAGCGUCCCGGCCUUUACAGCUUAGCCGUGACGGAGCUUCUCACCAUGACGGAGCACAGCACCAUGACGGCGAGCUUCUAUGAGGCGUACGGAGCGAAGCUCUACGAUCUGCUCAACGAUCGAGCGGAGGUGAAGAUGCUGCAGGAUGAGUACCAGAACGUGCACAUUGUCGGCAUCACUGAGCAGAUCGUCAGCUCUGUCGACGACGUCCACGCAUUGAUGAUGAGGGGGCAGCAGCUGAGGGCGAUUGGCACAACGCACGCAAACGAUCGCAGCUCGCGGUCGCACGCCGUUCUGGAGAUCAAGCUGAAGCUAGCGGAUAGCAGCAGUGAGUCGCAGCUGGGCCGCAUCACCUUCGUAGACCUCGCAGGUAGCGAGCGGGCGUCCGACACGGCAGAGACGGAUGCCAAGACGCGCCGCGAAGGCGCCGAGAUCAACAAGUCGCUGCUGGCGCUGAAGGAGUGCAUACGUGCCAUGUCGAUGCGCAAGCGGCACAUCCCGUUCCGCGGCUCAAAACUAACGCAGAUUCUUCGCGAGAGCUUCGUUGGGCGCUGCAAGACGUGCGUGAUCGCGGCGAUAUCACCGUGUCAGGGCCACUGCGAAGACACCCUCAACACCCUCCGCUACGCAGACCGCAUCAAGGAGCUGAAGGGGCCUGCAAACCCGCACAACGGUGUGAGGCCGAUCCCGUGUAAGAUGUGCGGUCAACCGAUCUUCAUUGGCGACCGACACGUGUGCAAGCGCCAGCUGGCGGUCUGCCCCUACUGUAGGCAGGAUGUAGACAAACAGGACCUGGACGGGCAUGUGGCAGAGUGCAAGGAGUCGCCUAUCCGCUGCCAGUACUGCAACGAGCGCAUGCUGCGCGGCGAGUUGGUCGGCCACAGCCGGCGCUGCGCCCGCGCACCGAUCCGCUGCGGCGCAUGCGGUGCCACAGUGCCGCGUCAGCUCAUGGACAGGCACACUCAGCAAGAGUGCGCGGAGGCCAAGGUGAAGUGUCGAUACUGCGGCUGUGUGCAGAGUCGUCAAGUACUCGCGGCACAUGAGCAGAGUUGCGACGCUGCGAAGGUAGCGUGCCCACACUGCCUGCAGUUUGUGCGCAAGGGGCGACUGGAUGGACAUGUUACGAGCUGCGUGCGCAACCCCAGCCGUGCAACGCAUACACCGCGCAGCACUACUCAGAACAUCAUCGUAUCGACUUCGAUGGAGACAUCACAGACGCUGGGCUCCUCCUCCUCCAGCAUCGGAGCGCAGCAGAUCAUUCCGAAGAGCGCGACAGCCCAGACGGCAGCGUCAUCGCGCGCAUCUUCCUCGCACAAUCGCAAGGUAGCGGCCGAGCCGGCAGGUGGGCAGGUGGGUCUGCUGGCCGCGGACGAAGACACCGGCCCACUCAAGCCCACUCGAGCCCAAUCAUCUCUGAGGUCAUCGCCUCAGUUGGCCAGCGGUGUAUCGUUUGUGGACCGAUCCGAGUCGAACCGUGCACCGGCGGGAAGAGGUCGGUGGAACGCCGGUGCCCUAAGCGCCGACGAGGUCAGCGCCGCGUGCGAUAACGACUGCGGCAGCGUUGUUUGCCCGUACUCGCGCUACGGCUGCCCUGUAAAGGUGACGCGACUGAACCUGGCGGCCCAUCUGAAGGAGUCGAUGGAGCAGCACCUAGAGCUCGUCACGACGUACGCGGACCGCGUGGACGAGCAGAACAUGCAGCUGCGACGCCUCGUGAUACACGAGACGGGGACGUUGAGCAGUCGGGUCACGAUGGAGCGUCUGGACAAGUGA